ACCAUCAACAACCAUGUAUGAUUUUACAACGCAUACACAAUACCUAGAUAGUGAUACCGUACAUUCAACUUGACCAGACGAGGCACAAUCAUGUUCGUGAAAUUAGCCGUUUUCGGACUUUUGUUUGGGGUAAUUUUUCAAUCCGACGCGAAUGGUGAACAUAAUGAACAGAGCGAUAAGGAUUUGACUGUGGUUAUUUCUUUUGAGAGUUUCGAAAUUGACGCAGAAGACUUUUUCAAAAAACAGCUGGAUCCAGUUUUCAAUGAAUUAUCAAAAUGUGUCACGUGGCAUUUCGUACCUUGUUCUUGUUCUCGUAUUGUAGACGAAGUGUUACAAUGCGUGAACGGAGUUGGAGAGUGUCAAAUUGAUGUACUGUACGCUUGCGCGGCUCAUUACUACGAAAAUGAUCAAAUCAAGCUGGGUAAUUUUUUCAUAUGCAUGAUGACCGACAGUAAUAAAUUCAUCAAAGGAGAAUGGUGUGCUAAAAAAGCGUGUUUAGAUUGGAACCUAUUGAAAGCGUGUAAGCCAUCGGAGCAAGCUGGCCAAUUUUGUAAUAAUAGGUAUAAACAGCUGCAAGAUAUUCACGCUAAAGGUAUGCCCGGAGUUAUAUUCAAUUGGAGGUUUAACGAGCAAACUCAGGCUGCAGCCCAAACUAAUUUGAAAUCCGCGGUUUGCGAACGUCUGCAAAAAAUAGGCAAAACAUGCGACGCGUGUUCAAAUUGCAGUGGUUAAAAUCAAGGUUGAUUCGAUGUGAAGUUCUUUUUUCAUGUUUAUAAAGCUAUUUUAUUGUAGGUAUAUUGUACAUAUUUGAUGCGUCUGUUUUAAAUUCGAAGAAAACAAAUGAAAAGUUUU